AGCUGAUGUUGACGCUCACUCGCGCUCUCUCGCUCUCCCACGCACGCCCCCGCCACAACCGCUCCUCUCUCUCUCUUUUUUUAAAACAUCUUCACCAUUAAGCCCAAGAAAAUGUCAGACGAGGAGAAUAAGGUGGAUGAGGCGCGAGAAGACGAUGACACUAAGGACGAUGCCGUAGAGGAGACGAGUGAGGCCGAGGGCGAGGAUGCCAAGGAUGACGCCGCUGAGCCGCCCAAAAAGCGCGCGAGGAAGGCCGCCACCGCCGCUGCCACCCCCAAGGCCAAGACCGAGAAGAAAGCUGCAGCAGCUGGAGCCAAAAAGAAGAAGAGAGUUGGAAAAAAGCAUCCAAAGACGAUGGACAUGAUCAUCGAGGCUAUUGAAAACCUGGGAGAGAGAAAGGGCUCUAGUGUCCAGGCUAUUAAAGCAUAUAUCCUCCAGAACUUCAAGACAGUACGUCCUGAUAUGGUCAAAUCCAUGCUGAGACGUGCUCUCACUCUUGGUCUGGAUCAGGGAACCGUUGCAAGGCCAAAGGGACAGACGGACACACAGGUGAUGAGUGGCAGAUACCUUAUGGGCAAGUCAGCAAAGAAGGAAUAUGAAGAUGAAGUUAUGCCUCAGCAAUCCAAACGUGCGCAAGAAGCUAAAAAGUCUGCCAAAAAGUCUAAGAAGAAGGGUGGAAAGAAAUCUAAGAAAGUAGCAAAGAAGCCAGUUGCUAAGAAGGCUACAUCACCCAAGGCAAAGACACCAGUAAAGAAAACCAAGGGAAGAAAGUAGUCUGUUGACAAAGAUUGUGGGAGUAUAUUUUUUAUUUAAAAAUUGACGUAAGAAAAUAUUUACAGGCUUAUACCUGGUACUCAUAUUCCAUUAUCAUACAAUUAUGUAGUUGCUAAGCAAUGUGUGUAUGUAUGUAUGUAGAUUCUUUUUGCUAUUUUCACUAAAAAAAAUUAUUUUGUUUUUGGCUUGGGAACCAAUAAUUGUACUAAUUGCUACAGCUUAUUCUAUUUUGUGAUGGUGGAACAAUGAAUACAGACUUAUAUUUACUUCUGUAGUUUAUGAAAUAUGUAAUUGCUUUUUUUA